AUGGCAUCAUCAGUACCAGGAAACCGACCUUUGCCAGAGUCGAGAUAUGACCUGUCCACUUAUAUGGGAAGAGUUCGUCACUGUGCCGAAGUUUCUGAUCCUCGCAUGUUGUUUAACACCUCCAAAGACAUUGAGCUUGCUCGCAAACUUAUUGGUGAUUAUAAGAACUCAGAUGGCCCUAUGACCCCUGAACUAUGGAGAGCCAAGAGGGUAUUAGAUUCUACUCUGCACCCAGAUACAGGAUUACCCGUUGUUCUUCCAUUUAGAAUGUCAUCAUAUGUGUUAUCAAAUCUUGUCGUCACAGUCGGCAUGCUUACUCCUGGCCUGGGGACCGCUGGUACUUUGUUUUGGCAAAUUGCUAACCAGAGUCUUAACGUAGCUGUGAAUACAGCUAAUGCCAACAAGUCGCAUCCUCUGUCUACUCAGCAACUUAUCACCAAUUAUCUGUUAGCAGUAAGUGGUUCAUGCUCUGUUGCUUUAGGCUUGAACGCAAUCGUUCCACGUUUGAAGAAUGUAUCAGCCAGUACCAAGACUAUCCUGUCAAGACUUGUUCCUUUUGCGGCAGUUGUCUCUGCUGGUAUCGUCAAUGUUUUCCUCAUGCGUGGAGAAGAGAUUCGCAAGGGCAUCACUGUACAUGACCCAGAAACCAAUGAGCCCGUAGGAACUUCUAAAACCGCCGCUAAGUAUGCCGUAGGUGAGACAGCUCUAUCCCGUGUCAUUACCGCAACACCAAUUAUGGUAUUUCCUCCUCUUAUCUUAUAUAGACUUCAAAGAGGCAUUCUUCGAGGAAAGUCCAAUCUCGCCGUGACCGCUGCCAACCUCGGUCUUAUUACUAUCACAUCCUUCGCAGUACUCCCCUUUGCACUUGGUGUGUUCCCGACGAAACGAGUCAAGUCCACAACACAAUUGGAGCCUGAGCUCUCCAACCUUAAGAACUCCAAAGGCACACCAGUGUCUGAGGUAUGGUUCAACCGUGGCAUGUAA